UUCCAUGACAACAUUACAUUAUUUUAGGAAACAGGAAGUGAAUUUGUUUAUGAAUUAUGUCAUGAUUUAUCACACUCACAGGUUUAUUAAGUAAGAAUUCGGAUGAACAUUAACUGUUUGUAUUAAUAGUUAGAUUAUAAUUAUUUCAGAAAUAAUUCGCCGUUAUCGUUGUGCUAAAAAAUGAACAAUUGACUCUUACUUAUCUUAAGAGUUUGGUUUGAAUCUUUGAAUUGAAAUACUGAAACCGUAAUGCCUUUAGAAAAUAAGAAAGUAACCGUAUUGACUCGGUCAAUGUGACGAUGUAGCUAAAGGCUGGAAUAAUGGUAAAGUUUUAGGCUAGUAGAUUUACGUUAUCUUUAAUGUUGCUAGGCCUACACCCACAGCAGUAGGUAUAACUUAUUUUUUGUUUUUUCGUUACGUUGUUAUAAACAUUAGCAAUGUGGAAAGAGAGUUAUGUCCAAGGUAAAGAAAAAAUCUCGAUCUUUUGUCAUUUUACACUAUUUCAUAUUAAUUUACUUAGUGUAAUAAUGAUUAGUUUUUACAUUCAACCCCAGGUCAACUGUCUUAAAGAUAUUUCAUUUGACGUGUUCCAGUCAGAAAGUGAUCGUUAUGGAAUUUUAGCUGCAUACGGUGAUUUCAAUUCUGACAAGUUAACUGACGUAUUUGUCAUUAGUAAUAAUGGAAAAAGUUUCGAGGUGUUAAUUUCUUAUUCCAUAAAACCGUUUUUGAGGAGGUCAAGAAUUGUGUGCAGCAUUGAUGAAGGGAUCAUCACAAGUGUUAUGCCAGCUGAUUUUAAUGGAGAUUCCAAAAUGGAUAUUCUAAUAACAGUCAAAAUUCCUGACUUAUACCCAGAGCUUAGCAUUAGAGUGUUGUGGGGAAAUUUUGACACUGUACAAUGUAACACACCUAUUAAAAUUACCAUGAAAGGACAACCUCUGAUCAUGGACUAUAAUAAUGAUAUGAUUGCAGAUAUGUUUGGGGAAGGAGAAGAUGGAAAAAGGUACUAUUGGCUAGGAAGUGUUUCUAGUAAUUUUACACUGCAAGAAGCUGCCAAUCCACUUAAUCAGCCUUUACGGAUUCCACACUCCUGUGCAUUUUUGGACUUGAAUGGUGAUAUGGCAGCUGAUUUAUUGGUAACAGGACAGAAAAAGUUUGAAUACUGGACAAGUUCUGUGGAAGGAAACUUUAGCUACUGGAAGUCUGUACCAAAUCCACAAAAUGUAUCAAAGUUUGGUCAGUCAUCUUUUACUGAUAUUGAUCUUGAUGGAUCACUAGAACAUGUUGUUCCAGUAUGUCAGGAUCAUUCUUGUAAAUUGGGAGGUAUUAUGGUUUUAAAUGACAAUGAUGAAUGGCAAUAUUGGAUACGGGACUUCAAGCAGGGUGAUAUACAGUGGAGCUAUAGUUUACCAGAUGAUGAUUCAACUCCUUUUGAUAACCUAACUCUUUCUCUAACUCUGAGAGUUGCAGAUUUUGAUAUGGAUGGUUUUCCAGAUUUUGUGACUGUGCUGAAGAGACGGUCAGAAGGUAAAGAAGUCAGACAAACUGUUGUUCUGCGUAAUACUCCUUGUUCAGGUUGUUUGUUGGGAAGAACAUUAGAAAUAAUUUGGAAACAGGGAGAUUUAAGUAAAAUCCCGAAUCCACAACUUCCAGCCUUCUAUGACAUAUUUGAGGAUGGAACUAUGGAUUUAAUAAUUUCUGGGAAAAGUGAGGGUUCGUGGAAAUUAUAUGCAUUACAAAACACAUUUGAUUAUGAUGCCUAUUUCAUAAAAGUUCUGGUGUUAAAUGGACGUUGUUAUGUUAGUUGUCCCGGUGAACGUGUGCCUUACGGAACGAACCAGCCUGGUCCUCUUAUUCAGUAUUACACCACACGACCAAAUGGAUCACCGCAGGUCAGUAGUGCAGCACAGCUUUCGCAGUCUGCACAUUUCUCAUUACAGCUUCCAUACGUCGUAUUUGGUUUAGGACAGACACCAAACUUCAUUGACAAGCUAACAGUAGGAAUUCCUGGACACAGAAAUUCUGCAGUACAGAAACGGGUAUGGACUCAAAUUAUUCCGAAUUCACAGAUGGUGGUAAUCCCACAUCCAUCAGACAAGCCAGAUAAAUGGAUUAAUAAACUUUUCGUGACUCCUAGCCGACUAGUUAUUCUGACUUUUGCAGCUCUUCUUGGAACGUGUGGAUUUAUUGGUUUAAUCAUCGGAGCACUACACUGGAAGGAGAGAAGAGAAGACCGGCGUGAGAAGCUGCAGGAAGCUCACCGUUUUCAUUUUGAUGCGAUGUAAAUUUAUGCUCUUUUAUCUUUACAUAUAAGAUGUAACUUUUUAAAGUACCAUAACACUUUGUUCCAUUUUUUCUUUAAUACUUUACUUUUCUGUGGUAAAGUUGUUGUCUUUCUUGUGUAGUAUAUUCUAGUCUGUAGUGUAUAAAUGUUUGAAUUUGGUAUUGAAGUUUGUUUUAAAAGUAUCCCUGGAUAUUGAAUAACUUUGGCUCACUUGGUGUUUAACACUGAGUAUGUGAUACGUUUUGCAGAAUAGCCUUAUCAUUGGAACUUCUUUAAACCCUUUUGUAAAAAAACAACAGAGGUCAUACACCAAACCUUCCACCAUGACUUCACUUCUACAAAAACCCCUUACUUCCCUAACAAAUUAAUAAACAGUCCCCAGCAGCCCAUUACAUGUGGACUGUGUGCUCCUUCUAUUUCUGACCAAUCAAAUCCAAACAAGGGAUGAUCUGGGAUCUGUAAUGGAUGUUACUGUAUCAGAAACAGCCACAGAAACUUUUGUAAGUUGGACCACAACAGCCUGAUCCUUCACAAUAUAAAUCACUAACAAGUUAAUUAUAAAUGAAUACCAAUAAAAGGGAAUCAGUUUAAUGUUGGUCACGUAAGUAUAUAACUAGUUCAUGCAACUUGAUCCAGUAUACAAGUGUUUAACUAUUUAGUGUCCCAUCAUACACACACACAAGUUCUUAGACAGUAAGGUUUUUAGUUUAAGUCCUACUGAAUUAUAGAGCAGUAUAAAAGGGUGCUGUAGUUACUCUAAAUUAAAAUGUGUAAAUAACUUUUCCAGCAUUUCACAAAAAAAAAGUGUACAAAUUAGACAGUUUUACGGUAGUUACAUUAGUAUGUAUAUUCCAACAUUUCUAACUUUUAGCUAUAGUAAAAAUAUUCUUUGAAAUUCAAGUCAGUGAAAUAAAGAAAAGGCUUAGUAAAGUAAGCAGAAACUAUUAUUAUUAACAUUUUUUUUGUAUGCUAUGGUUUGAAUAUUAUGAAAUGCACGAUAUUUUAUUCAUGUCAACUGUUACAGUGGCGUGUCUAAGAUUUCAACCAGUGUGUUUUAUAUUCACCUCUAACAUUUGGAUUUGUGCUUUACCCUCCAUGAAGAAUGUAUAGCAACUGAGAUACUUUGAGAAAUCACAUGUAUAAUAAUAGAUAUAUUUAGCAUGAGACGUGAGCAUAAGGCAGUUUGGAGUGUAGUGACUGUAGAGAAAUAAAUAAAUAAAGUAUCUUAGUAUAUUAAGUAUGGAAAAAUAGUCAUUCUCUGGUGAAUAGUGCAAUUAAUGUAAAGUAUUUGAUUUUAUUAACACUUUCACCGCACUGGGAAAUAUACGUCCCAGCUGCAGCAAGAGGUGUGGGAGCACUGGGAAAUAUACGUCCCAGCCGCAGCAAAAGGAGCGUGAGCACUGGGAAAUAUACGUUUCAGUCACAGCAAAAGGUGUCGGAGCACUGGGUAUUAUAUGUCCCAGCUGCAGCAAGAGGUGUGGGAGCACUGGGAAAUAUACGUCCCAGCCACAGCAAAAGGUGUCGGAGCACUGGGAAGUAUACGUCCCAGCCCACAGCAAAAGGUGCGGGAGCACUGGGAAGUAUACGUCCCAGCCACAGCAAAAGGAGCGGGAGCACUGGGAAGUAUACGUCCCAGCCGCAGCAAAAGGAGUGGGAGCACUGGGAAGUAUACGUUUCAGUCAUAGCAAAAGGUGUCGGAGCACUGGGAAGUAUACGUCCCAGCCGCAGCAAAAGGAGCGGGAGCACUGAGACGUAUACGUCCCAGCUGCAGCAAAAGGAGCGGGAGCACUAGGAAGUAUACGUCCCAGCCGCAGCAAGAGGAGCGGGAGCACUGGGAAGUAUACGUCCCAGCUGCAGCAAAAGUAGCGGGAACACUGGGAAGUAUACAAUGCACAAUGACUGGUUACUGUACUGCAAGGCUGUAUAUCAGUGUGACAGUUUAUAUGGGGAGUCUGUUCUUGAUGAGCAGGCAACUCGGGUGAUCUAACGUAGUUUUAUACUAUAAGCUGGGCAUCUUUAGUUCCAGUUGCCACCUGUAGGAUUCUAUUGGAUUGAAGUAGAGAAUCCAUAGUAAAACUUAUCAGCUAGAUAUCAUGGUGUGUGUGUAUUUGGUUUUAUUUUUACAUUCAACAGACUAAUUACUAUGAUUUGUAGAUCAUCAUAUUCUUGAUAUUUUUUGUUAAAUGCAGUAAUGUUAAGUGCCUGAACUGUCCAACAUUGAGACUUUUUUACAGCUGAUAAAAGUGAUAACAUCACAUUUAACUGCACAAGUUUUUCUUUACAUACUUCUUAACUAGUCGUUUACAUGUUUCAAAUCAGACGUAUGUAAAAUUGGUAUUUUGGAUCUAACUUUUCACAAUCACAAAUUACUGUCCAGUGGAAACUUAUCAAUUAGGGUGGAUUUCAAACAUUAUUUGAUCACCUGUACAUAGAAAGUUCAAAAGGAGAAACCCUCAGUUAAUCGUAUAAAACAAGGUACAUGUAAUAUUUGUGUAUGUUUAAAAGAGAUGAUUGAAAGUAAUUUUAUGAUUUUCUUUAAAUCGUAUGUUUAAAAAAAUAGAAAAUGUUUUCCAAUUUUGAGUUAUUUCAUUUUCAAGAUUUAAUGUAAUUGUGUACUUUCCUUCUUGCUGACAUGUUUCUGUAAUUCAGUGGAAGAUGUGAACAGUUAUAAGUACAAGUGAACAGUUUAAAUAUUAACAAGACCAGAAAGAUUUGUUAUAGGUAAGCUACAGGAACUCUUUACAACAUUUAGUCUAGGAAUUAGAGCUCGGACGUCUGACUUUGCUUGAAAAUCCUCUAAAACUAGAAAUUAAACUUUAAUCUUUGUAUGAGUUAUGGAAGAGUGUUUGUAUUACUACAAAAAUGGUUCAGACUGUUCAGUUACUUUUCAGCCAUUUUUACGUAUUUGUGUACGUUUUUUCAGAGAGUAAAUUAAAUUUUGAGACUACACAGUGCAUAACAUAACCAUGUUUUUCAUCUUAAUAUGUUCGAUGAUUAUGAAUAAAACUCCAUACUAAAAGGUUUAUGUAUUUUAGGAAUUAUUGGCCGAGGGAAACCAAAUUUUACCAGAGCCAUAUUGAGAAUUAUGAAGUUUAUUCAAAGUUUGAUAUAGUAUAGGGUGAUUCAGAAUCUGUCCGUUGUUAUUGUAUGUAAGUUAAUCUACUAAAAGUAACAUGUGUUCACUGAUCCUUACGAUAUCCUAUUACUGUUAUGUAUUCAAAUUACCAAUCUUGUUUUCUUGAAAGAGAAUAAAAAAAUAUAAAAGUAAUGAUAGUUUCCAAAAAAAAAGGGAUUUAGGUUUGUAGUGUAAUGUUGGUUUGAAAUGCCAUCUACCAUGUUUAAACCUUUUUUAAAAAUAAAACUUUUGAUUCUCAACAUUCUCUGGUGAAGUUUUCUUCGGGAUAAAUUGUUUUUAAGCUAUAAUAAUUUUUAAUAAAGUGUUUCUUUAUAAUCUUUUUGUAUAUUUUGUAAAAUUUUGGUUAUUUCUAGUGUAAUACUACAUCUAUACUGUAAUUUUCAAAGUAGCUGUAGACUAGUGUUAAUGAAAUGAUGCAUCUUGGGCUUCCACUUGUUAAAG